AGGUCACCAGUCACCACACCACAGCACACUCCCCCAGAUCGGCUUCCGUUGCGAGACGGACCGCCCCUCGCUUUAUUUCCGCCACCACCGACGCCGCGCCGGCGAAGGAGCCCCUCGCCAGAUCGGAUCCCUCCGCCGCGACGCAACAUGGCGGCUCUGCUGAUCCGUAGGCUCGCCGGGACCUACCGCGGCCGCGCGCCGCUGGCCGCCGCCGCCGCCGUUGGCGGGGCCGCGCUCUUCUACGCCUCGUCGAACCCCACCGUCGCGCACAUGGAGGAGAAGGGGGAAGAUGCCGCUGCCAAAGUUGCCCUUAACCCUGAGCAAUGGUUAGAAUUCAAGCUCCAGGAGAAGGCAACAGUUAGUCAUGAUUCAGAGCUAUUCAGAUUUUCGUUUGACCCAUCUACUAAGCUGGGCCUGGAUGUUGCCUCAUGUCUUGUAACAAGGGCCCCCAUAGGUCAGGAAGUGGAGGGAAAAAGAAAAUACGUCAUUCGCCCGUACACACCUAUCUCUGACCCAGAUUCUAAAGGAUAUUUCGACCUAUUAAUCAAGGUUUAUCCCGAAGGGAAAAUGUCUCAGCAUUUUGCUAAUUUGAAGCCAGGAGAUGUUCUCGAAGUCAAAGGGCCCAUUGAAAAGCUCAGAUAUAGCCCAAAUAUGAAAAGACAAAUUGGCAUGGUUGCUGGUGGUACUGGCAUAACGCCAAUGCUGCAAGUUGUUAGGGCCAUCCUGAAAAACCCUGAUGACAACACUCAGGUUUCCUUGAUCUACGCCAAUGUGUCACCAGAUGAUAUCUUGCUGAAAAAGGAGUUAGAUAGACUUGCCAGCAGCUAUCCUAAUUUCAAGGUUAGCUUUGGUGAAUUGCUGGGGUUGCUCAAUUGCCACAUGGGUGAAGUUGCUGCUAAGCAUGAUAUCUUUGCAACAUUUCAGGUGUUUUAUACAGUCGAUAAACCAUCAAGUGACUGGAGGGGUGGUGUUGGCUACAUAUCAAAGGACAUGGUUUUGAAAGGUUUGCCAGGCCCAGGGGAGGAUUCUCUUAUUCUUGUUUGUGGUCCUCCUGGAAUGAUGAAUCACAUAUCUGGAAAUAAGGCAAAGGAUUAUUCACAGGGCGAGGUCACUGGCCUUCUCAAGGAUUUAGGAUACACGGCAGAUAUGGUAUACAAAUUUUGAGUCGAUCACGGAAACGUAGGGACGCUGACAUGCCCGCUGCCUGCCAUGGCAGUAAAAUAAACCGCAGCUGAACCUUUUUUUCUUGUCGCGCCACGGCAAUUAGUGCCAAACUCAGAACAGUAUGGUGCAUCUUUUUGUAAGAAUUUCGGUUCGGUUCCGUUUUGUCAUCUGUGCGCGCUGCAUGGACACCUGAAUAACCUGACGCCGCCUGGUUGGCGGUGUUGUUUUAACCGGGCCGUUCUCUCUACGAUACUGGAAUGAAUGAGGUAACAGUUUGAUACAAGCCAAGCGUGCCA